AAUUUUAUUGUAUGUUUGAGUAAUGUUUUUUGUUUUGUUUUUGUUUUUCGUUUUGAUUUCGAAUGAUUUUUUUGUUUGUUUGAUCAGAUAAAAACGAAUAAUGUCCGAUUCGAAUCCAUCAUAUGAAUAUUAUUUUGAUCGUCUUAAAUCUAUGUUGGACAAUGAUGAUAAUUGCAGUCAUUUAAAAAAAUAUAUCGAUGAUAAAUUAUUAUCCGAUUUGGCAACAAGUUUAUUAGAUCAAACUGUUAUUAAUAUAUUGAUUAUGUUACGUUUACAACAAGUUAAUCAUGAAUAUGAAUUAAUGCAACAACGUGAUUCAAUGAUUGCCAAAGUUGAUGCUAAACGAAAUAAUAAAAUUGAACAAGUUGAGAAAAAAUUUUCAAAUGGUGAAAUUACAUUAUUCAAACGUGAUGAAUUACUUAAAGAAAUGAAAAAACAUUAUGAAGAAAAAAUUCUAUCAAUUGAUACACAUAUUUUACAUUGUGUUGAUAAAAAUGUUCGUGAACAACAAAAAACAUUAAUGGAUGCUGAAAUACCUGGUUUUCAUUUAACAAAUAAUUCUCGUGAUAUUGAAAUUCAAACAAAAUUAUUAAAUUUUAUUGAAAAAAUAAUCAAUUUAAGUGAUGAAUCAAAAUUGGCAAUAAAUUGAAAAUCAAAAUUUAUCAAAUUCACCAAC